AGUUUCAUUUUAUAUGUUGAACAUGCAAGAAGCAAAGUUCAGCGUGGCUCAUUCCAACACUCCGAAAAAAAAAUUAAGUUAUUUAAAUUACUCUGAUACAACAACAAAUCGAUCGGAAGUUAAGAUCGAAAUUUCACGACUCAAAAAAAAAGAAAAAACCACUACAACCGGCGAAAAAGAAAUUAAUAAAAUGAUAAGUGAUGAUUUGAAUGUUUUGUUUGUAAGUUAUCCACAAAUAUUAAAAUUCAGCAUCCGUGACAAAAAUACAACAUCAUUGACUAAUAUUCUUAAAAGUAGAAAUUUCCUUUGGACUCAAACUCCAAAUCGCCGACAACAAAGUUUAGAAAUCUGA